AUGAAGUAUCUUUCCACUCUCUCCACCCUCACGGCUUCGGCGCUUGCGGCGAAUGUGUCGACAGUACACCAGUUCUCUAAUGGAACGUGGCUCGAAAAUAUCGCUGCCAUGCAAAAUGGCUCUCUCCUCGUGUCAACCAUCGGCGUUGCUCAGGUCCACAUUGUUCACCCACAAACCUCACCAGCGACAUUCUCCACCAUCGCCACCUUUCCAAACGCGACUGGUGCUUUCGGCAUCACCGAAUUCAAGAAGAAUGUAUUUGCUGUGAUAGUUUCGAGGUCUGCACCCGAAUACCGGCCAACCUUACAGAAAUACUCGCUAUGGAAGCUUGAUCUGAGCCAAAAGGAGAAGACAACGAAGGUCAGCAUGAUGGCAGAACUACCUGAUAUGGCUAUGCCCAAUGGUAUGGCCACUUUGAACCAGGAAACACUGCUUUUGGCAGACUCGUGGUAUGGAAACAUCGCUGCAUUCAACAUCAAAACUGGAAAGACGGGAGUCGUUCUGGAGGACCCUAGCUUAGCGGCCAACUUCUCCGCACCCGGGCUGCAGCUCGGUGCCAACGGAAUCAAGGUUCAUGACGACUACGUAUACUACACCAACACUGCCCAGGCUAUCGCCGGCCGCGUUCGUGUCCACCCGUCGACCGGCAAACCCUUCGGCUUUUUCGAGACCGUGCGCGACUCUACUCUCACCGGUCCGGAUGAUAUCUCAAUCGCAAAGGAUGACAGUAUUUACGUCUCUGAACCACUGGCGGCGCCACAAGGUGACAAACUUCAGCACAUUACGCUUGAUGGCAACGUUACGACUAUUGCUGAAGGUGACUCUGUGGCAGGCACCACAGCGUCGGCAUUUGGAAGAACAAAGAAGGACAGCAAUACUCUUUACUUGACGACAAUGGGUGGCUUUGGAGCGGAUGGCCAGGCGAAGGCAGGUGGGAAGAUCGUUGCGGUGCAGCUAUGA